ACUUGCCAGACCUUCAAGUUCUGACUUCCCCCUAAAACAAAAAAAGACACAAAAUCCCCGGACACUAUCCAUCAACUGGUGUGUUUCUCCGGCUGCUUGGGCGGUCAUGGCUACAGAUAAAGUGAUCGGGUUCAUUACUGUCAUGUCAGUGUAUCUUUGGAGGACCACCCCUGCUUUCUCUUUGUCUGCUCCGGAGAAACUCUCUGUCCUGGAAGGCUCGUGCGUCAUCAUUCCCUGCUCCUUCAGCCCGUUUUCCACCACACAGAGCAUGGAAGUUCUCCUCAAGAGAUCCUCCUCCAUCUCCAUGCUGAAAAGAACAGUCUUCACCAACCAACGCAGAGAGGCGAUUCAUCCUGACUACAGAAACCGUGUGUCCUUCAGAGGCAACCUUAGCUCAGGAGACUGCACUAUCAGCAUCAGCAGCAUCAAAAAGGAAGACCAGAACACAUAUGAGCUCCAACUGAGGGAACCGGGUCAAAGGUCACCAGAUGUGCCCACAAAAAUCAACAUCAAUGUAACAAAUACACCAGAUCCACCAGUCCUCACUGAUCCAGGACCAGUGAAAGAAGGCCAGCUGGUGAUGGUGAACUGCUCCGUAAGGCUGAGCUGUCCGACCGAUCGUCCCGGUCUGAUGUGGAGGUGGGAGCGUGGAGAGCCGGACGGCAGCAGCGUGCACGGAGACACAGAACUUCAACAUGAGCCGGGUCUUUUAGCAGUUCUCCGGUCUACUCUCACUUUCACCGUACCUCAACAUAUAAACCCCAGAGUGAGAUGUGAGACCAUCUAUCCCAGGAACCGGAAGUCUUCAGCCGUCAGAGAGAUUCUCGUUCACUUUCCACCCCGAGAUGUCAGCAUUCAGGUCCAUACCGUGUCUGUUCAAGUAGGAGGAACAGCGUUUUUGGCCUGCACCUGUAAGGCCGAUCCACCAGUAUCUGAAUAUCAGUGGACCUACGUUCAGUCUGGGAUCACAGUGGUUCUGCCCAAACGCGCUUCAACUGUACGCAUCUACAACGUGACCCGAGAUACACGCAUCCAAUGCACCGUUACCAACAGACUGGGACAGGCAAAGUCCCGCCUCACAGCUCUCAAUGUACAAUAUGCACCUGUUAUCCUGAGUAACUCCUCUUGUGAAUGGGUCGGGUCUCUGCUGUCAUGCACCUGUGCUGUGGACUCAAAUCCUCGUCCCGCUGUCACCUGGAGUCUCAACAGCAGCCGUCUACCUGACAGCUACAACGUUUCUUUUUCAUAUUCUAACUUUAUAUUGACAGCGACUCUUAGAGGAAUCUCAGACCCUUGGCUGCCAGUUGAAUGUUACGCCAUCAACCUGCUGGGCAAUGACUCACGCAAGCUGUUUCAGGGUCAGACGGGUCAUCUGUUAUGGACUCUGAUACCAUCAGCAUCUGCUGUGAUUCUCUUCUUGUGUCUUCUGAUGUUCUUCUGCUGGUUAAAGACAAACCGGCGGAGACGCAUCAGGACCUACAGACCUCCUGCAAUACAUGCAGAGAAUUUAGGGAUCUAUCAGGAGCACAUGCCGCUCUACGUAAACUGCAGUGAUGUCACACACAUCUACACCAAUGGCAGUUAUCAGCUCAUCUAUCAGAACGGCACCCCAUUCUUUGUACGAAACACACAGACACAUAAGAGACAAAGACGUCAAGCGAGACGACAGCGAGUACAUAAAGAGAUUGUGAUUCCAGCAGCAGCAGCAGCUGAGGGCGUCUAUGUGGAGGUCAUCUGACUUUACAUUAACCAAUCAUAUCAGUAUUAAACCCAGUUUGUUUACUGUAUUUCAUUCUUACCAUGUUGUCUGUUUUCACGGAUAAUUAGAUAUCAGAUCUGUUUCUAUCAUUUCUUUAAAGUUUUUUAUGACUGAAUAAAUGGAAUAAAAAAUGUUUUCAUGGUACCGGAUAAUGAAUAUACGGCAUGAAGAAAGCACAGCACUGAUUAAAAAUAAUAAAAAACAAACAACAAGAUUA